AUGGCUCUAAGCGACAACUCUAAAACACAAACCGCAAAGGAUUCUCCAGCAGAUGUUAUUGAACUAAACGUGGGAGGACAGGUGUAUUAUACGCGCCAAGCAACCCUGACAAGCUUUCCCAAUUCGCUUUUAGGGAAGCUCUUCUCUAACAAGAAAGGAUCUUCUAACGACUUAUCAAAGGACUUCAGAGGACGCUAUUUUAUUGAUAGAGAUGGUUUUCUUUUUCGCUAUGUAUUGGAUUAUCUUAGAGACAAACAAGUUGUCUUGCCUGAUCACUUUCCAGAGCGCGGACGCUUAAAGAGAGAAGCGGAAUAUUUUCAGUUGCCUGAUUUGGUAAAACUUUUAUCCUCAGAGGAGUCUAAACUGAUUCAAGAUGAUUUCUGUUUGAGUGAUUUUGACGAUGCCUCGCAGGGCAGUGAAAGAUUCUAUUCAUCUUACUCCUUGGACAAGAGAUACGGCUACAUCACAGUGGUGCUCAAAGGCGUAUGUGCUGCUGGAGCCAAAGACAGCGAUGCCAAAGUUAAAAAGUUGCCCCGUAUUUUCAUCAGCAGCAGGAUCGGUUUGGCAAAGGAAGUAUUUGGAGACGCACUUAGCGAGAAUCGGGAUUUAGACAGACCAUCUGACCGCUACACGUGCAGGUUUUACCUUAAGUUCAGACAUCUGGAACGAGCUUUCGACAUGCUGUCAGAGAGUGGCUUUCACAUUGUGGCCUGCAACACAUCCCUGACAGCGUCCCCAGCCGGUCAUUACGCGGAUGACAGAGUCUGGUCCAAUUACGCACAGUACAUCUUCUACCGUGGGCCGUCUAAGUGGUCGUCCUCUCACUGUGACUGCUGCUGUAAAAGCCACAAGAGUGAACACGAAGGCGAGAGUGGCACCUCUUUCAAUGAGCUGUCCACCUCCUGCUCAGAGUCCCACUCUGAGGCCAGCUCCCCCCAGGGCACCGUGAUCCGAGGACCCGUGACCCGCCCCCCAUGCAACGCCCAAACUUUGGACCGCUCUAUGACAAAGGGGCCCUCCCACAUCCAGCAGCAGGCCGAGAUGAGACGCAAGACUGACAUGAUGAGAGUGAGGACGUUCGGCGCCGCUAAGGGCAGGAAAAUCAACAAGGAGAAGAUGACUCCGGAGCAGGAGCUGGAGAAGUGCAUCCAGGACUUCCGACGCAUUAAGAUUCCUGAUCACUUUCCGGAGAGGAAGUAUAUGUGGCAAUCAGAGCUGCUAAGAAAGUACCGGCUCUGAAUGUGAGAGCUAUCAUAUUACCAUUGGUGAAAGGUAUCAGAAUACACAGGCUAAAAACAGCAGUACCCUUCAAGACACAAGCUGUAUUAUAUGAAAUUAAGACACUACUGUAUGCCGCCAGCACUAUAAAGU